AUGUCAGGAUGCUUUGGUGAAAGGAGCUACGGCAAGCCCAGCCAGACUCGCCACCUCCGCAACCGCGACGGAUCUUGGCCCGCCAGUGCCAGCACAGGCUACGGCCUCGGUCGCCCUAAGCCUGCCACCAGCCAAGGCACCCCACAUUACUUCAGCGACGGCCGCGAGGACACGCCGGCACCUGUUGAGGAUGCCACCCCCAAGACCAAACGCCGUAUUCUGAAGCUACGCCACUCUAGGCAACCCAGUCCCAACACUCCCGGCGCUAACAGUGACCAACUCCCAACCCAGCCUCCGGGCCUUGAUCAUGAAGGCCCCACGGAGGUCACGUCCAGCAUGCAAACUGAAAGCGACCAUGCGACUCAGCCGCAGUCGACUGUGACACAGCGCAUGACGAGCGGCGUCCACAGCGACGGCAACAUAACCCCUGCCGCUCGAGACGAUCUUUUCCCGCCAUCAGAACCCUGCGGGGAUCAGCAGAAUAUCCCAACCCACCUUCCCUCGACCCACCAGAACAGCAUGUCCAGCACCUCCGCCGUCCCGACUUGGGAGGGAGAGAUCCACAAGUUUAAGAAGAGCAGGUUUCGCCCUGGCAUCGUGCCGAAGUAUCUCAACACCGAUGCCAACUUCACCGAGGUUCCCAACCCACGCACGUGGGGACACGGACACGUCCCACCUUCCCAACCUUCCUCACCGGCCGUAGCCGAGCAGCCACGCCUGCCGCCUGGCAACCAGCCGAAGGACGGCGGAGGCUGGUCGUCUCCUGUUAGCCGGUGCAAGAACUGGGUCGCCAGUGUCUCGCCCGCCGACUUUACAGAACCGGAACUCGCUGCUGGGCUUGAGCUCAAGACGCCAGCUCUGGAUGACAACAAUGACCAUGACGACCUUCCUGCCCGCCCCGACAGUGCCCGAGAGGCAAUCGCUCCGACGACUGUUUAUUACUCGGAUGACUCUGGCACGUCACCGAGGAUGGCGUUGUCUUCUCCGAAAUUGGAACGGCCAGAGGACAGUGACAGCCCUGCUAACGUCACGGUCAACCCACCCUCAGCGCAGCCUACCGGGGUUCGUUACCUUCCAUCGAAAACCUGUACGCCACUCUCCCCUGCCUCGGUCACACCAUCCCACCGGCCCGUACAUGGCCAGAGCUCUCAACCAGGAGGAUUCAAGCGGUGGUGGCCACACCCGACCAAGUUCUGGCGGCAGGAGCUGCAUCCCAUGCACAACCCGCUGUUCACCUCACGCCGCAUCUGUAUCACGACUCCUUUUCCCUUUCGCCCUGACAAUCUCAAGAGUCUCAUGCUUCAACACUUCAGCAAGUACGGGCCCAUCCGUCUGGUGCAGUCGAUGAAUCACGAGGUCGAUGUUGCAGACACGGUCUUCGUCGUCUUUAAGGAGGAGAAGUCAGUUUACGAGCUUCUGGACGACCCCAGAAGCAUCCACUGCACAUUCCAGUCGGCGAGCCGUACCACUAGCAUCCCUUUUGAUAUCAAGAUCAAUCGGGUCCCAUCCACGGUGUAUACUCACCACAUUUGGAUCAAGCUUACUGGGCCAAGGCCAGACGCUGGGUCGCGACCAGCGUCUCCGAGCUUUGGAGGGUUUGCACAGGUGGAGGCAAGCGACUUGGACACCAGUGCCCUCCCCGAGGAAGUCUCUGUGUGGGCGGUUCCGAAUCUCGCUCACCGAGGCCAGCGUCUGUUCUAUCGAGUCUUCGUUGCCGGUCCUGGGUUUGACCCAAGGCCCGGGUUUGAGCAAGCUGAGAGGGAAACGGGAAAAGCGUGCCUCGAGAUCCGAAAGAUCAACUUCAGACGCCGUAACCCGGAGAAGGAGAUUAUCGUCGAGCUUGUUGACUGUUUCGUGGACAUCAUCAACAUUACUAAGCCGUCAGAGCGGACAAACCACGGCUGGAUUCUCGAGUGCGGAGCUGGUCACCGUGACCUGGAAGAACUCCUCACGGGAGAGGAAAAUCUUGCUGAUUAUCCUCCCACUCCAGCUUCUGUCAUCCCACUUAAAAGCCCUUCGACUCUCCCUUCCAUUGCCCCUUCGGAGGUCGCUUCGUCUCGUAGAAUAAGCUCGAAAGGCACCAAGGCCAGCCAGUCGGCUAGUGGCAGGCCAAAGAGUGGGCAUCUCGGUGUGGCGAUCACGGCUCAACCGACAUGUGGACCAACGCCGGCAGAGGACACUGGACCGAGUCGCCCGUCCUCGACGGGGUCGACGUGUCCCGGCCUGGUCCGCAAGCUUGUGCCGAUGUACCGCGGGCGUCUGCUCCGCGAAGAGAUCAUAAAUGGGCGGUCGCGGUUUGUCGACGACGCGGCGAUUUUCGUCGGGCGCAUCACCAAGGAGCAGGAGACACAGCUCACGUUGCUGAAGCGCUUCGAGCGCUAUGGUCGCAUUGCGGCAAUUGAAUAUAACCCACACAGGACGAGUUUGAAGCAAGCCACGUUUGGCAAUGCGCGUAUCCUGUUCCAGGACCCGCUGUCCGCGAGCGUCGCUAUCAAGAAGGAGAACGGCGCUGUGUCGUUCGGCUCUACCCUGAGGGUUGAGGAGCGUCAGGUUUUGCCGCACGAUGUCCAGGCCCGUGAGAUGUUCAUCGACAGCGUCGGACGUGCAAUCAGCCCGUCGAUUGUAUCUCAGUACUCACCUCCAUCGCCACCGGCGCUCCCUAAGUUCUCGUUCUCCCACUCUGCUGCUUCACCGCCCCUUGAGCAGAUCGCGCCGUGGUUGAAUGCCACCGGCGGCCCGCCUACAAUGCCAGCAAUGAUGUGCUCCGCCAUGGUAGUUCCGGCGCACGGCAACUACGGCGGCGAGCUACAGGGCAUGAUGAUGCCCGUGAUGUGGCCAAUGGGGUUCGGGGCAUACCCGGGCAUGAUGGCGCCAUCGGUGCCGAGCAUGCAGCAGGGGAGCCCGAUGACCAGGUUGUUCAUGUCGCAUAUGGCCUCGUCUCCCCUAAACCAGCCUCGCCCGAACGAACCCAGCUCCUCACCACCCAGGACCCCUGAUGGCAAGAGAUUUACUCCCCCCUCCAGCAACACCAUAGCGACGUAUGGUACUACGGCCCCGCCAACGCCUCCAAGUGACAAGUCAGCGGUGUCGUCCGCACCGCGAGCGCGAGUCACGGGUGCCCGAUACCAGGACGGCUUGUUCAUCCCGACAUAUGACGCCGAUGACCUCAAAACAUGGCGCGAGGCUCAAGGCAUCAAGGACACCAAACUGGGCUCGACUGCGGCGCCUGAGGAUCGGGAAUACCUCCCGCUUCUACCCAUUUUCACUGGCGGCCACGAUCCAGCCUCCACUCUUCCAACCACGCAAAACGACACGCCGGAUAAAGCGGAUAGGUGCGCCCUUUCCCCCGCCGACUCGUCCAAGAAACACCUCCACCAAAAGCCUUGCACUGGGUACGCUCGUAGGUCGUUCAGCUCCGGCCGUUCCACGUUCCGCGGCGACGCGGUCCACCUCAGCGAGGCAGCCGCGCGGCAGGUAGCCAAUCCUGAUGCUCGUGAGCACAUCCGUGCCCAGCUUAGCCAGAGCUUCCAAGUCCACUCAGGCCCAACCCCAGUCCCGUUCUCUGCAGAAGCGGGUCCGUCUCAUGGCCGUUGUGGGUCGAGCUCCACACUGCAGCACGAGUCGCGCGCGCCGAAGCAGAAGGGACGGCUGUGGGACGACGCGCAGCGCCACCUCGGUCCGCAACCCCGCGUUGCGCAUCAGCAACGCGAAUUCGCGCCAGCUGCAGCACACACACCGGUCUCCCAGGUGAUGGAUGAGCCGUCCGAGAACAACGACUGGACAGGCUGGUAG